AUGUGCAGCGACAUCGUGAUGAAGGGCAGGGGGGACGACACGUGGAUCUCCAACCAGUGGAUCUGCGACAACGUUGUAAUUGAAGGGGUCCCCAGGCACAUCCUCGGCAAGCCCCCGAGGACUGUGCACCUCCCCGAGAUUUACUUUGGCCUUGUGUUUGAGACGCUGUUGAGCAAGUACCCCAAGCUGAUGGAGGGCGUGUCGGAGACCGUCGGGUACUACUGGAUCAAUGCGUCGUGGGGUGUGACGUCGACUGUGGGCUUGUACAAGUGCAAGGUUGUAGGCAACAGCGUCGUCAAGGACGGCGACGCGGAACAGUUCAGCACCUCUAUUGGCUUUGAGUUGACUGGCGAGCUCAUGUUGGUGUCCGAAAUCUUCUCCACGACGGAGAACAAGAAGAGCCAGGGCAUGAUUAUCUUUAACAACGACCAGGACGACAUUGAGGACGCUUAUGAGGAUCCUGAGGAGGAGGGCCUGCUCUAG